AAAUAUGAACAAUCUAAAGCUUAUAAUCGAUCUUUUAGAGUCAAACAAUAAUGAUUUUUACAUCACUUGUAAUGGAAAAAUUGUUCGAAAACAUGAGGAGAUCAGAGAGGGCAGCAUCUACCACAUUGUACCAAGGUUGGUGGGUGGGAAGGGAGGUUUUGGUUCUAUGUUGAGGGCCAUUGGAGCACAAAUUGACAAAACUAACAACAGAGAAGCGUGUCGAGAUUUAAGUGGGAGAAGAAUGAGAGAUGUCAACAAUGAAAAACAGCUAAAAGAAUGGGUGGCAAAAAAGGCAGAGCAAGAAAAAGAACGAGAGGAAAAGAGGAGGGAGAGAAUGGAGAGAAGAAGAGCCUUGCCCAAUCACAAGUUCGAGGACCCACUGUAUGAUAAACAGAAGGCAGUCGUGGCAGAAAACCAAGAGGAUGCUUUACAAACUGGAUUGCAGCGAGCACAAAGUAAACAGAAAGCAUCAUGUACAAUUACCUCAGAGGAAGAGGCUGGGCCAUCAGGAAGUGGACUCAAACGGAAAAGGGAUGACAAGGGGGGUCCCUGUCACAAAGUCAAGAAGCACAAUGAAUGGUUAGGGAUUGACAUUGAGAAUCUAAGUGACCUUGACAGCGAUGAAGAAAGUGACCCUAGAAGUGAUCAGUCUUCAGCAGAUCAAAGUGUGGCUGGUAAUGGUGAUCAAAGUGAGAUUGGUAAUGAAGAUCAAAAUGAGGCUGGUAAUGGUGAUCAAAGUGAGGCUGGUAAUGGCUCAACAGAAUCUGAACACACAGUAACAGUGAUUACUGAAAAUACAUCAGACAGUGACUCUAAUGAGCAGGUAACACCAGAAUGUGAAGCAAAUUUGAAGGAACAACAAGAAAAUCCUUCUAAUGCAGAGAAUAAGACAAACAUUGAGAAAUCUCAAAAGGAGUGUCAAAAGGAUAGUAAUACGCAAGACUUAAAAAAACCAAGCACAUCAGAGCCAGCCCCAGAACAGUCAGAGAAAACAGAGGAUGACAAGCCAUUUGACUUUGAUGACUACAGCAGUGUGGCUGACCUGGAGGUGUUAGGACUUGAGAAAUUGAAGUCUCUUCUUAUGGAGAGAGGGAUGAAGUGUGGGGGGACCCUACAGCAGUGGGCUGAGAGGCUGUUCUCAGUCAAAGGGCUGGACCUUAAGGACAUUAAUCCCUCACUGCUGGCCAAACCAUCCAAGGGCAAGGGGAAGAAGUAAUACUCCUGUGGUUUCAAUUGUUGAGUUUAUGUUAAUAUUGGUAUAGCAACACCAUAUAGCUGCUUGAUUAUAAACUUGAGGCAGCAUAUUGGAAUGGGUAUCAAUUGCUAAAGUACAUUUAUAUAUA